AUGGCCACAAAAACGAAUCAAUUUGUACAAACUCCUUUUAAGACAGAGUAUGCUGUAGACAUGACAUGCGAUUCAUGUGUUGAGUCUAUUAAGGACGUUUUGACAAAAAUUCCAGGGAUUAGUCGAUUUGAUAUAGAUCUUAAGGAUCAGAGCGUAAUAGUUGAAGGGACAGCACCUCCUUCAUUGGUGUCAAAGCAUUUGAAAGAAACCGGGAAAACUGUGAUUGUUCGCGGUCAAGGCGGAACACAUUCUGGUGCAGCUGUUUGCAUAUUUGAAGACUAUACUUAUACACCACUCGGUGGUGAAAAUGCAACUAUCACGCCAAAAAAACCUCAAGGACUUUGUCGAUUUAUCCAAAUAAAUAAAGAUUAUUGUCUUAUUGAUGUUACAGUGCAAGGAAUUUCUCCAGGACAUCAUGGGAUUCACAUCCGUGAGUUGGGUGACAUUUCAGCCGGUCCGUCGAGCACGGGGGCACAUUACAAUCCGGAUAAUGUUGGGCACGGGGAUAUCGAAAGCGGUCACAUAGGAGAUUUGGGAAAUAUUCAUGUUGAUGAGAAAGGAUGGGGGGAUCUUGUCGUGGAAAGUCGUCGAAUUAAAGUUUGGGAUAUUAUUGGGAGGUCAAUGGUAAUUACACAUGGAGAAGAUGAUGAAGGUAAGGGUGGUAAUGCGCAAAGCAAAUUUGAUGGGAAUUCUGGUCCAGGUUUAAUUGCAGGGAUUAUUGCGCGUAGUGCGGGUGCAUUUGAAAAUAAGAAAAAGGUCUGUGCUUGUUCUGGUAAAACACUUUGGGAAGAAGCCAGGAUAUAA